CAAAAGGAGAAGAAGAGAGAAGAGGUAGUGGAGAUAGAUAGAGAGAGCAUGUGAAAAAGGUGGAGGGAGCUUUUUGAUAAUUGUAUCUCCUCCUCCUCGUCCGUCCUUUAUUUCAGAUUUCGCGGGCGAUGGAGGUGGAAUCCUUAGCGACGGAGAUGGAGACGGCGGUGCGUGUGGUGCACCUGGCUUCUUCUCUGUGUGUAAAAGUUCAGGAGAAGCUUCGUCUUCCUUCCUCCACUAACGGUGGCGGUGACGUUAAGUCCAAGGAUGAUGAUUCCCCUGUCACCGUCGCAGAUUGGGGUGUUCAAGCGAUUGUGAGCUGGGUUUUAGCUGAGGUUUUUGGUAGUCAUAACCUUUCCAUCAUCGCUGAAGAGGACACUGAGUCUCUCACCAAGUCAGAGUCAGUAAUCCUUUUGGGAGCUGUCUCCAACGCUGUCAAUGAAGCCUUGUCUGAAGCUCACAAAUACGGUCUUCCCAAGCCAGACAAACCCUUGGGAUCGGAUGACAUUCUAAAGGCUAUUGGUCGAUGCAACUCCACUGGAGGUCCUAAGGGAAGACACUGGGUUCUUGAUCCCGUCGAUGGGACGUUAGGUUUUGUCCGUGGUGAUCAGUACGCUGUUGCUUUGGCUCUGAUUGAGGACGGUAAAGUCCUGUUGGGAGUGCUAGGAUGUCCUAACUAUCCGGUCAAAAAAGAGGGGUUAAGUAACGGUUGCAACCAAACUGAAUCUGGCUCAGUAUCGAAAGGGUGUGUCAUGUACGCAAAGAGAGGCAGUGGUCAAGCUUGGAUGCAACCGUUGCACCCUGGUGGGUAUCCGGAAUCUGCAAGGCUUCUUACGGCUUCAACAGUGGAUGAUCCGGUUUUAGCUACGGUUUGUGAGCCAGUGGAGAGAGCAAACUCUAAUCACUUGUUCACCGCAGGACUUGCCAACAGCAUGGGAGUUAGGAAACAGACUAUGAGAGUGUACAGCAUGGUGAAGUAUGCGGCGAUUGCAUGUGGAGACGCUGAAGUGUUCAUGAAAUUUGCGCAGUCGAGUUACAAAGAGAAGAUAUGGGAUCAUGCAGCUGGAGUUGUGAUUGUUGAAGAAGCUGGUGGUGUGGUUACUGACGCGGGCGGGAGAAAGUUAGACUUCUCAAAAGGAGUUUACUUGGAAGGUCUAGACAGAGGAAUCAUAGCGUGUUCUAAUCAAGUUUUGCAUGAUAAGAUUAUAGGUGCUGUUUAUGCUAGUUGGGAAUCUUCUAGUCUCUGAAUAAAAGCUUAGCCACGUUCCUCUGUUUGUUGCAGAAUCAUCUAGCCAGUGUUUUUUUUUUGAACACUCCAGGGUACGAUCUGUAAAGAAGAAACUCACUCUUUUGGUUUUCUGAUUUUACAGUUUGCAGAUUA